UGCGCCGCCGCCGCCGUCCCUUCGGCAGCCCGAGCAGCGCAGGCACACACAGCCGCGGGUGCCGAAUCACCGGAGAGCGCUUGCUUGUUUCUUUUUGGUGGCCAGGAGCGAGGGCGCAAAAAACGCGGAGUGUUCGCGGCAGUGGUUGUUCCUAUUUCAACGGUGUGGACGGGGGGACCCCGCGCCUUUGCCUCGUCUCCGCCGUCUUCGUCGUCUUGUGUGCGCGGCCGUCGAAAGGAGAAAGGGGGGCCCCUGCCGUCCCAGUGCGCUGCUGUGUUCCUUGCUUGAUCGGCGGGGCAGCCGCCGUGCCUGGUUUUGGUUUCCCGCAUGUGGGGUGAGAAGUGCGGUGAGCGCGUCGUCGCCGUCUCGGGCGGCCAAGAAGGCCUAAGCGGGCGCUCGCGGCCAGCGGCGUGAGAGAAGCGAAGCGCGCUCACGCGCGCGCGAGCCGCGCGCGCGCCGUGCGGCCACCGCCGCCGCUGCUGCUGCUUUCUGCGGCCCGCGAUGAUGUGUCGUCGGCUGCGCCGGCGGGCGGCAGUGGCUCGCGAGGCCGGCCCCGCCGUAGCUGCCCAAUGAAGCGUCGCGGUGGUGGGCGGCGUGCGUCCGACGGCUGCCAGCGUGUUCUCGUUCCCGCUGUUCGGAGGACCCAAGGGGCCCCUCGGCUCCGUGCUGCCGCCGGCGGCUCGUGCCAUGACGUCGGCGGCGCCGAAAUCGGCGGGGCCCCCCAUGAGCGGCGCGGGGCCUCCGCCCAUGCCGGACCUGAGCCACCUGACCGAGGAAGAGCGCCGCAUCAUCGAGUCGGUCAUGGCACGCCAGAAGGAAGAGGAGGACCGCGAGAAGGAGAUCCUAAAGAAAAAGCAGGACGAGGUGCAGCUGCUCGAGUCGGCCAUCGGCCAGCGCAGCGCCGAGCAGCGCAAGCUGGGCGCCGAGCUGGAGGCCACCUGCCAGAUCUGCCUCAAGACCAAGUUCGCCGACGGCAUCGGGCACAUCUGCAACUACUGCAACAUCCGCUGCUGCGCCCGCUGCGGGGGCAAGGUCACGCUGCGCUCCUCCAAGGUCAUCUGGGUCUGCAUCCUCUGCCGCAAGAAGCAGGAGCUGCUCAUCAAGACCGGGCAGUGGAUACACGGAGGGUCGCAGCUCGUGCCGCCUUCCGCCGGCGGUACCACCGCCCGGGGUCGCCUGGAGCGCGCCCACUCUGCCGAAAAGGACAACUACACCGGCCACCCGACGUCCAUGCCCAUGGGUCUUGUGCGGGGAGGAAGUCUACAGCGGUUAGGAAACCUCGGAGGGCGGGAGCUGCGGCGGCAGUAUUCUUCACAGGAGCCGUGUCUUGGCGACCGGCGCCUGUCCGGCUGUGACCCCCACCUGCGCUCGUCGCGGGAACCCUCGCCCGAGCGCCGGUGGCCACCCCGGCUACAGCCGCAGCCGGGUCAGCCCUUCCCACCGCACCACAUGCAGCAGCAACAGGGGCCUUCCAUGCAGGGGGCCCUCUCUCAGCAGCAGCAGCAGCAGGUACCGUCGUCCCUACAGGGCGCGCAGGUGGGCGGCCACCACCACCUGCACGGCGGUGUCCCGGUGUCGGCGGGCCUCCAGCCUCAGCAGCCACAGGCCCAGCAGCAGCAGCAGCGGCGCAAGGUGGACUCCGUGGUGCGCAAUGACUCGCUGAGCUCGGACCAGUCUGAGUGCGUGCGGCCGCCUCCGCCCAAGCCGCACCGGCACAAGCGCGGACGCAAGAUGCGCCAGCGCUCGCUCAGCUCCUCGGACGACGAGGCCCGCUCCACGCCGGACUGCUCCAGCUGCGAGGAGAGCGAGAGCGUCAGCGAAAAAGGUGACUGCGCGUAUGCGCCGCGUGUGCCCCCCGUUGGGGGCGGAGCGGCGAGCGUGCCUUACGCGUACGCCACGGCGACUACUCCCAAGGGCGGCGGCUGUAGCGCGGCCAGCGGCUCCGCCGACACGUGCCGAAAGAAAACGGUGCGCUUCAAUCGGGACCACGGCGGCUGCAGGGACGCGCUCACCAAGGACUCGGGCAUUGACACCAGCAGUAGCGCGACGCUGAACGAGGACUUGUGCCUCAAGCACCCGGCUUCGUGGAAGCCCUCGGCGGACGGCACGCGCAUGCUGGGUCACAUGGUGCUGAAGAAGAACCUCCAGGAGGGAGGCAGCUCGAGCGCCGCCAUCUUGGGCCUCAAGGUGGUUGGCGGAAAGAUCCUCGAAUCCGGCAAGUUGGGCGCUCUCGUCGAGAAAGUCAAGAAGGGCAGCGUCGCCGACACCGUCGGACACCUCAAGCCUGGAGACGAAGUUUUGGAAUGGAACGGCCGGUCACUUCAAGGGAAAACAUACGAGGAGGUCUACGACAUCAUAUCAGAAUCUAAGCAGGAAAUGCAAGUCGAGCUCGUCGUUUCCAGGCCGCUCAGCGAUGCUGGAAGGGGAGACAUAUCGGACAGAAAUAUGAGGAGACACGUUUCCGGACCCAGCACGGGGAGCACCGCACGGCGAGACGUGAGGAAGCACGACUACUCAGACCGGAGGCCCAGCGUUACGGUGACGCCCGGCUCCCCCACGUUAGGCCACAGACCUCGUCGUUCUCCAAUACUUGGCGGACGCAUCCGGAUCAAACUCUGGUACGAUGCUCAAUCCCUGCAGUUAGUUGUUACAAUUGUUUGUGCCACAGAGCUUCCACCGCGAUCUAAUAACCAAGCCAGGAAUCCCUAUGUAAAAAUGUUCCUGCUCCAAGAUAGAAGUGAAAAGAGUAAAAGAAGAACAAAGACCAUUGCCAACACGAAUGAGCCCAAGUGGAACCAAAGUUUCGUGUACGCUCCACUGCGGAAAAGUGACUUAAUAAACCGAGCCCUGGAGGUGACCGUCUGGGACUACGACCGAUACGGCGCCAACGAUUUUCUCGGAGAGGUUGUGAUUGAAUUGGCUACGGCGCCUUUAGGUGGAGAUGGCGAAUGGUAUCCCCUAACCAGUCACGAGGAAAGCUUAGGUGUACAGUAUAAAAAUCGCAACAUGUACCUGGAUACGGAAGGUACGAGCUCAGUGACGUCAUCAGAUCGCCUCUCACCGCCAUCUACGAUAUCAAGGCUCUCCGACAGCGACCUGUCCGAAAUUGACUACGACGACGCCAUCCCCAUCCUCAGAGACCGUCGCAGCCUGGAGGGCCCGAGCCUGUCGGCGUCGGCAGGCAGCGGCUGCGGCAGCCCCCCGCUGGAAGAGGAGUUCGGCGAGCGGCCCACACGCCGGGACAUGCCUCACCGGCGCCACCGGUCAGGCUCCGUGGUGCUUCCCGACGGAGGAGGAGGCAGGGAGCAGCAGCCGCAGUCGCUGUACCGAGUGCCUUCCCGGUCGCUGGGCUCCGGACCCAUGGGCGGCCGGCUCAUGCAGUCCAGCUCCAGGUCGCUGUCGCCGCCGGACAUGAGGCCCCGGUUGCCUCCGCACGACGACCGCAUGCCCGGCAUGGGUAGCCGGGUGUCCCACUCCCUGGGCGGCACGCCGACGGGCACGCCCACGCCUAAGAAGCGCCACCUGCCCCAGGUACCACCUCCCGGUGCGCGUAGGGCGCCCGGUACCAGCCGGGACCAGAUGACCCUCGACAUGGAGGAACGCGCCCGACAGCUCAAGCUCCAGAUCAAGCAGCGCCGAUCCGGCACGAUGACGCCGGUAGGCAUGUACUCGGACAGCGAGGUGAGCCUGCGACACCACCAGGCGCUGGAGCACGCGCACCACCACCACCGGGGUGGUCCUGCCCUGCCCCCGGGGGGCCCCGCCAUGCAGAGGGGUCGCGGUCCCUCGCACCACCACCGGGGCGGCGGCAGCCGGCUGGCCGCCGGCCUGGGCCUGGGCGGUUCCAUGCUCAGCCCCGAGGGGGGCGCCGAGGGCGGCGCCGCCGGCGAGAGCGACGGCUCGGAAACCAGCUCCGUGUCCAAGUUCUCCGUCACCAGUGCCUUCUCCACGCAGUCCGAGCGCCCCAGGAGUAGCAGGACGCUCAGCGAGUUCACGACGCGCAUGCAAAGCUACGGGCCCGUGCACCCGGUUCGUGCAGCGCCCAGCGGCGCGACGCUGGGCCGCACCCACAGUGAAGAGGAAGCCACCAGCAUCGAGAAAGUGGACGGCAGCCUCUCGGACACGGCUGUCGGCUCGCUCACGGAAAAGGCCGCCGACCGGCUGCUCAGCGCGAAUGUUCGCCUUCCGCCCAGUCAGAAGAAGCGGCUGGGCUUUCGCAAGAAGCGGUCGUCGACCUUCAGCGUGCACCGCAGCGAGGAAGUGGCGCCCGAGGAGGUGCGCCACCUGGUGCGGCAGGCCAGCAGCGUAUCGUCCGACGGGGAAGGGAGCUUGAGCGGAGACAGCGCCACGUGGCUGCCUUCGCUCAGGCUCACAGCCGACGGCGGCGAGUUCGCCAAGUUCGUCGACAAGCUGGGGCCCGGCCAGCUGGUAGGCCGCCAGGCACUCGCCUCACCCAUCCUGGGCGAGUUGCAAGUCUCCCUAUGCGACCGGCGCACUCACCUCGAAGUCGAGGUCAUACGCGCCAAGGGACUGCAGCCCAAGCCCGGCGCCAAAAUGCUGCCAGCACCUUAUGUCAAGGUGUACCUCAUCAACGGCAGAAAAUGCAUAGCAAAGGCGAAAACGGCAACAGCUCGACGAACUCUAGAUCCACUUUACCAGCAGGUGCUAAUAUUUAAUGAAGAUUACCGAGGUUGUGUGCUUCAGGUGACGGUUUGGGGCGAGUACGGGCGCAUGGAGAAGAAGGUGUUUAUGGGUGUGGCUCAAAUAGUGCUCGACGAGCUGAACCUGGCCAACAUGACCAUUGGCUGGUACAAGCUGUUUCCGCCGUCGUCGCUGGUCAAUGUCGCUGCGGCCGCCUCCUCUUCUUCGCAAGGAAACUCGCUUGCUUCCAUGGACAGUUUUGGCUGACAAAGACACAUGCGGCCGCGAGGCUACUAUGCCAAGCGGCGCUACCUUGGCACUACAGCAAGGAGGGGACACAGUGGCGCCAGAGCCCGACGAUGCGGACGAUUCCCGCCAAGGUCGCAGCGAGAAGGAAGAGUGUUUGCGGCUGCCGCCGCCGCCAUCGUUGUUGUGACUGUGCGGGAAACGACUCACAGUGGGGAGAGCAGAGAGACUCCGUGGUGCGCUCUCUUAGCUCCGCGGUGGCUGACCAGAGGUGCAGAAGGAACCGUACAAAGGAGACAAAAAAAUGGAGAGGGACGUGCGAUGAAAGAAGGAGGGUGUGACGCUGAUGUGGUGUCACUGCUGCCUUUUACUUCUCGCUCGGGCCCCUCCUCACACCACCCCACACGCUCUCUCACCCACGCGCCUACCCCCUCCCCCCACCCCAACUCCCAAAGUAGAAACAAAGAAACACAAGCGCGGGUAGUGGCGAGAUUCUCGCUCUUUGCCCGGCCACUGAACAAAGAAGAAAGACAACGCCCGGCAGUGUUUUGUUUUUCUUUUCCUUUUUGUGGAAAAAGGAAAACACACUUACACACAGGCGUGAGGGAGGGAAAAAUAAACACGAGAAAACAAAGCUCUGAAAGAGAGAGAGGGUGAGGAAGUGAGAGCUGUUUUCUGCAGCAAAAGAUGCUCAGAUACAAUAGAUAUAUAAAUACUAUACAUAUGUGCAAAUCGGAAGUUUCCAAGCAUGGUAUUCUCUCUCUCUCUCUCUCUACUUGUUGGCCUUCUGUUGACUUUGUAAACGUUUUUCCUCCUCUGUUUCAACAUUCUAUUGUUUUCCUCCUUUCAGUUCAUUUGAUAGACGCUCUUUCUCAGUUUUUGUUUUUUCUUUAGAAAAAAAAAAUGUGAGGGACGGAAGCAAGUUUUACUUUUCAAGCUUCUCUCAAGUCUCGAGGGAAAGUGCCUGUUAUGCUCUGUGCAUACGUCUGUCUGUAUCUUGUGCUGUUUCUAUAGGAUGCCUAGGAAAAAGAACUGUCCAUGUACUAACCUGAUGGAACCGCGUGCGUGCAUGGGCUGGCAAGUGUCAUCACUCAUUGUUGAUCACAUCAUCUUGUGAAAUACUAUAUAUACAUAUAUAAAUAUAUAUAUAUAAUACACACACACACAUAUAACACAUAACACAUGCUGUUCUUAUCUGCCGUUCCUGUUUCUGUUUCUUCUUCAUUUAGGCGUUGUUACACAUGACGGCUGUUCUACGAAGACAUCGCUUCAGCGCGUUUUUUCUUGUUCUGUUGACAAGUGCUGUUGCGUGAUGCAAAUGUGAGGAGAGAGAGAAAAAAAAAAGGUUGUUGGUUCUUGCAAACUCUUUUUCCUAUCAAUGCUGUGCUUUGUUUCGCUUUUCACAUGUGGUUGCUGUUUUCUAUUGCCACACGAGACGACGACGACGACUACUACUACUACUACAACUACUAUUACUGCUACUACUACUA